GCGUGUUUCCGGGCGGCGCGGGAGGCUGGAGGCCAGAGGGCUGGCCCUACCGCUGGGGACAUGGAGACUCUCUACCGAGUCCCGUUCUUAGUGCUCGAAUGCCCCAACCUGAAGCUGAAGAAACCGCCCUGGGUGCACAUGCCGUCGGCUAUGACGGUGUACGCCCUGGUGGUGGUAUCUUACUUCCUCAUUACCGGAGGAAUAAUCUAUGAUGUUAUCGUUGAACCUCCAAGUGUUGGCUCAAUGACUGAUGAACAUGGCCAUCAGAGACCAGUAGCUUUCUUGGCUUACAGAGUAAACGGACAGUAUAUUAUGGAAGGACUUGCCUCUAGCUUUCUGUUUACGAUGGGAGGUUUAGGUUUCAUAAUCCUGGACCGAUCCAAUGCACCAAAUAUACCAAAACUCAAUAGGUUUCUUCUUCUUUUCAUUGGCUUUGUCUGUGUCCUACUGAGUUUCUUCAUGGCUAGAGUAUUCAUGAGAAUGAAAUUGCCGGGCUACCUGAUGGGCUAGCACCUUUUGAGAAGAAAUCAGUGGAUCCCAGAUUUGCUCCUGUUAAUAAAGUUUUAAAGGCUGAACCACUCCCUUGUGCAAUGUGGAAAAGAAUGAAGAGCAGCGUGAACGGGUUGAGUGACACCCUAGCAAGCAUAGCCAAGCUGGGACUGGAGGUCACGGUAGCAGAGACAAGUUCACUACAGUAUUUUUCCUGAUGACCUAUCCUAGUGGACCAGCUAUGUUAAAUGGCAUUUUUUUCUUGUUUUUUUUUUUUAUUUCUUAAAGAAAAUAUACUCCUCUCAAAACUUUGGUAUUGAAUAAAGUGAUUAUUUUUUGCAAACCCAUCAGUUUUUUGGACAUGAUAUUUCUAAUUUUCAGAAAUUAUUGCAAAUCAAGAAAUACAUUGUGAGAGCUGAGAUAUUUGGACGACUGACCAGUUUCUGCAGUGGUGCUUUGCCUUGAAACAGUGUGUGUGGUACUCUGCCAUUUCAGACGCAUGUGGGAGACUUGUUUCCUGGACAACGUGAUGUGUGCAAGGAGCAGAAAUAAAUGGAUUUUCUAAUUAACAUUU